UGGGCGGGACAGGGUAUCGGCACUACUUGGCACUCAGUCAGUCUGGUGCUGCUGUGCCGACCACGCGGACUUCUGCUACACUCACCAGGUGCUGUCACACGCACGCUCACGCACGCCCGCACCCACUCACGCACGCUUAAGUAUUCAGAAAGCGACUAGGUAGCUCCACGUCGUCGGCACUUGGCUCCUCUGCUCGUCACCCUCAUCUUCAUCUUCCUCGUCAAGACAGGCAGAAGAAUGGGUCGCCGCAGGAUUCAACGAUGCAGCACCACCGAACUCAAGUCCCUCCUGCUGGACCCCACAGGCGGCAAGUGGUUCAGACCUAUCAACUCCUGCGAUGAAGUCUUCCCAGGCAUCAUCCUCAGUGAUGCAGACACUGCGCUAUCAACACAGUUGGUGAAGGAGAUGGGUGUGACGCACAUCCUUAACGCCGCCCAGGGCCACAACAAUUCCGCCUAUGACGGCUACGUCAGCACCUCCCCUACCUACUAUGCCAAGCUCAAGGGCAUCAAAUACUACGGAGUGCCUGCCCUAGACAUGCCCGGCUUCUACAUCAAACCUUACCUCCGCGACGCUGCUGACUUCAUCGACGGAGCCCUCAAGUCUGGAGGUCGGGUAUUGGUUCACUGUCAGUGUGGCAUCUCCCGCUCUGCAGUACUGGUCGUCGCUUUCCUCAUGCUGAAGCGAGGCAUGAAUGUCCAGACGGCUCUUGCUAACAUUAAAAAGAAGAGAAGCAUCUUCCCUAAUCAAGGUUUCCUGAGUCAGCUGUGCGAUCUGGACUACGAGCUUCGCCGGAGCGGCGAGCUCCCCAAUGAUCAAGAGCCCACCCUUCCUCCCCUAGUCUUCGACUUAGAUGAGGACACCACUCCUUCCUUCAAAAACCCGGCUGCCUAUCCCAGGUUUACCCUAGUACCCAGCAAGGUAUUAGACACUUACACCGACACCAAGAACUACGUCGUACCCCGACGCGCUUCUUCCCUGGACAGAUAUGAGCCACCUCGCAAGAACUACCAGAAUAACCCUCUGGUUGAUUCAGUACGCGGUGCCAGGAGGUCUUUGUCGCCUGCUCGAGCUAUGUCUCCUCUUAGGGCUACAUCACCUGUCCGAAGAUCAAGCUUUCCCUCCCUUACCUUCGGCCAUGAUGAUGAAGAUCUGCCCGAGAAUUCCAAAGUGUUUGAUACAUACAAGCGGUACUCAAGGUCUACCACGAGUCCCCUACCGAGCACCACCACUACCACCCUCGAGGUAUCCAGGCCCUACGACCCAUACUUUUUCCCGAGGACUUACACGUACUACGACUCACUCAGGUACCCCAAGGUAUAUUUCUACGACAGGUAUUAUUCCCAACCUACUUACCAGUACAUCAACAACCUUAGCAGAUACUAUGAUACAUACAGGUACAACAGAGCGGUGAGUCCCUUCACUGCCCCGGGUUCGACUCUGGCUCCUGCUUCACUGUACAGGACCUACAAACUGUACCCCGAGAAGGCAUACCUGAUAGGUUCUUCUUAUGUACCAUCGUACCCCUACACUGAGAAGUACUUCUCUCCCUUCGUCAGGUACCCAGCCACAUAUCGCACCCUUCACACCACUCUCUCCCCAGCAAUUCGAGUUUACACCUAAACCUCGUACAGCAAAACAUGCCGAAAACAUUUACUUUUAGAUGAAUGUUAUCCUCUCUGCCUCUUGAAAAGUGUGGUAGCGGAAAGUUGGAGUAAGAUCCUCACAGAUCUCUGUUUUUCUUUUCAUCUUUAAACACACUAUCAUCAGUACUACCACACACACACACACACACACACACACACACACACACACACACACUAAUACCAACCACGCUAUUCCGUACCAAACUACCACAUCACCACACACACAGUCCCAGCUUGCACUAUAUUACACCACAACAAAACUCAUCGUCUUGUCCUCGUGUUUGUGUUGUGUUUGAAGUCUUAAUUUUAGACCUCACACUAAUCUACUAACAGUCUCUUCCUGCUAGCCUUCAUGAGCAGCUCCAGUAUUAGUGACAUCACCGUAAUGCUCGAAAUUUCUCUGUAUAUAGUGUAUAUAACAUGAUUAAACUCUUUCAUUCUCAGUCAUAUAGUGUGAUAUCCGGUGUUGAGGUAUAUUUUAACAUUAAACAUUUUUAACAUUUUAAGAAGAGGUGACAUUAUAUAAUGGAACAAAGUGUGGGGAGAUAACUGAGUAGUGCCCGACUACUGCGGUAGUUAACGCCUAUUCCACGAAAGUGAUCAUUCGCACCACUUCUCCAGCCAUGAACUUCACUUGACCAGAUCUUUCACCCCGUGUGUUCCAUCUGAACCUCUCUCACAGAACACUGCUCCAACUUAACCUCUUACGUACUACUAUGUCUUAAAACCUUGUGUCUCGUCUCCACCCUGCUUACUAAUCUUAAGCGUUGGUGUUGCUGUGAAUCGGUGUCCAAAUAGAGCUGUGGUUGAACAGGUAGAGUAAGGAAGGUGGUGGGCAUUCUGAGAGGUGGUAUCAUUAAAGCUGCCCCACUGAGGAACACCCAUCAUACCCUCCUGGCCUCUUCCCCGGACGGAGCUCGAGCUGCCGUCGUCGCGUCAGUCAGUACGAAGAUCCUUCCACCUACAGCUCUUACAUUCUACUACCCUGGCGGCGUCAGGGGUAACUCACACUAACAUAGCUGAAGUGAAUGUUCUCCACCUAGUUAUUUUUCUCUUGUGAUAAUUAUUUAUAUUACUAUCAUAUUUUAAAUUAUUAUCAUCAUUAUUAUUAUUAUUAUGACGAAACAAAAUUUUGUUUCUUUGGGAGAUAAGGGAAUUUUAAGUCUCACGAGGUUGUUUAUCCCUCCAUUUGUUAAUGGAGAAAGAAAUUUGUGGUAAUAGUUUUAUAUAUGAGUAUCAUGGAUUUCACUGUCAGAGGUCGGACAUGGCAGCUUAUUAAAGUUUGUUGAACUGACAAAGAAGAAAUGUUUCAGUGUUUAUAAGGCGCUGACCACAGGUGCCAUCCUGGGUAAUAUUAUUCUUAAGUUACCUCAGAAAUGUUUACAGGUCAGCUCCUCUUGAGGACUUUUGAGUAUUAAUGCUUGUAAUAAAAUCAACAAUUAGUUA